UUGUUUUCAUAUUUAAGGUGAAAAAGACACAAUAACAAUAAGAGAUCUUUAAUUGUUUUAAUUGUAGUUGUUUUUCUCUUUUUUCUUGGUGAUUAGUUAAUUGUCUAAUUAUUCUUAUUUUAAAGGGUUUGUCAUGUUCUUGAAUGAGAAAUCACCGGUUGAAGGGCGAAAACAAGCUCAAAGAAAUUCAACAAGGACAAAGAAUAAUAAUAAACCAAAUGAAUCUCCUGAAAUGAACAAUUUUGAAAUUCCAUGUUUAUUUGAGAAUGAAUUGGAAAAGUAUCUUUUCUCAGAGGAAAGAUUAGAUGCCUCAAGCCCUGACCUUUGGCCUGAACAGAUUCCCGGAAUGACUGAUUUUUUAGCUCGUAGUUCACCAAUUAACUCAGAAUUGUUUCACAGUGAUACUCUGGUGGGUGAGAAACAAGAAACACCCGAAUGGCUGAGAGAAUUAGACCAAGAUGAUAUAAAUAUGCUCCAUGGUUUCGGUAGUUUAACUACAUUCGCUCUCCUUGAUAGAGUAAAAGAAUUGCAAGAUCUUUCAUUUCAAUUAGGGUUGGAAGAAUCAAGGGAAAUGACAAGAGGAAGAUUUCUUGGUGUUUUAUCAAGUGAAAAUAAUCCUCCAUCUACAAGCUCUGGUUCGCUUUUCAAUAGAGAUUAACAAUCUUCUUCUUAAUGGUUCUCACAAUACAAUUUAAAAUUAUCCAGAAAGAAACGUGAAACAAUCUGGUUUAAUUAAUUGUGUUCAGUUAACCGGUCAACAAUCAGGUUAAUUGUUAAAUAAUACCAAACAAACAAAUGAACCGAUCAACAAAGACAUUGGAUUGAUAAUCCUGAUCAGUGCAAGAUUAAUAAUUACCUUCUAACUAAAUCAAGGAUAUUGUACAUUUUGUGUUUAUAAUGGUGAAAAUAUUAAUUUAAUCAUCAUCUCCAAUCAACAUACAACUCAAUUAACCAACAAUUACAACAAUAACCAAGGUGUUUCAUAGUUAAAUCCAAUGGCCCAGUCAUUUUAAAAGCCUGUUGUAUAACCUGUACAUUAUAUAUUAUUAUUAUUACUAUUAUUAUUAUCAUCUUAAAUGAUAUGGAAACAAAAUGGAUCCCAAGGAUCUGUCACCUUUAACCAUAUAAUUAAUCAAAGAAGAACAAUUUUUUUUUCAUCUCUAUCAUCAAUUUCCUUCAUCAUCAUCAUUAUCAACACCAUCAUCAAAAUACACACACAAACAACUUAACACUUACACCAAUCAACAUGAAAAUGUUCAAUGUCUGUGUAACAAUUUAGCUGAAUAAUAUCAAAUUCAUUUGAGGAACAAUUGGAUUACCGCUAUAAGCGAGAAAAUUAACUCAAUUACAAAAAUAAUUGCAAAUUAAAUUGUUACAUCAAAUGA